AUGCUGGGGCAGGUGCUGCCCCCCUUGGUGGUGGGGGGCCUGGGGGGGCCAGCGGGGCACCCGCUGGGGGCCCGGGUGCUGGAGGCCGCCCUGGGGCGGGUGCUGCCAGCCCUGGGGGAGGCCGUGGGGCAGGCAGAGGAAGCCGUGGGGCAGGUGGAGGAAGCCGUGGGGCAGCUGGCGGCGGCGGUGAGGGACGACCUGGUGGCCUUUGCCCGGCACCCGGCCGGCAGCUUCGUGGUGCGGGCGCUGCUGCGGGUGCUGGGGGGAGCCCCAGGGGCAGGAGUCCCUCAGCUGCCCCCCGGGGGGGCGGAGCCAAAGGCCAAGGGGGUGGAGCUGGCACUCAAGGGGGCAGAGGCAGCAGCAGAGGGGGUGGAGCUUCCCCCCUCCUUCCCGCCCCUCCUGGGGCAAUUAGCAGAGGCCUUUGAGGAGCAUCUGGCCUCCCUGCUGUCCCCGGCCAGCGCCAGCCUCUGCCUGCAGGUGGCGCUGGAGGUGCUGCACCGCAGCCAAUCACCCGCCUGCUCCCGCCUCUGCAACGCGCUCAUUGGCCAGCUGGCCCCACCUAGCCCUGCCCCUGCUGAGAGCGCCCUGGUGUGGGGGCUGCAGGACCCGGAGCGCAGUCGGCUGCUGGAGGCGGCCAUGGCGGUGAUGGGGCCCCAGCGCCUGCGGGAGCUCUUCCAGCAGCAGCUGAAGGGCCGCCUACAGGGCGUGGCUGCCCACCGGGUGGCCAAUCAUGGGUUGCAGCGCCUGCUGGACCACGCCCCUGCUGAUGUGGUGGGGGAGGUGGUGUCAGAGCUGGGCCCCGCCCUGGGCGAGCCCUUGGCCCGGGGCCACCCCGGGGUGCUCACGGCCCUGCUGGGCGCAUGCCGGCGCCACCCCGGCCUCCAGCAGGAGGCGCUGUGCUGCCUCUUCCAGGCUUUCGGCUGCUGGGAGCCGCGGGAGCGACGCCGGGCCUGUGUGGGGUUCCUGGCCGGGCUCCGCCCCUUUGGGGAUGGGGACAGGGAUGCAGAGGGGGCGGAGCCAGAGCCCUCGCUGGGCCCCGUCACGCUCCACGGCUCCCUCCUGCUCCAGCACCUGCUGCACUUCAGGGACCCGGGGCCGGUCCUGGCGGGGCUGGAGGCGCUGCCCCCCACGGCCCUGGCCGCCCUGGCCCGCAGCCCCCCCGGCAGCCGGGUUUGGGACGCCCUCCUCACCUCCCCCACCGUCCCCACCCGCGCCCGCCGCCGCCUCCUCCGCAAGCUCAAGGGUCACUUCUUCUCGCUGGCGUGUCACCGCAACGGCAGCCGCGUCCUCGACGGUGUCUGGGCCUCGGCCUCCGCCCCUGCCCGCGCCGCCAUCGCCGGUGAGCUGGCAUCCCAGCGCGAGGCCCUGCAGCGCGACCCCCACGGUCGGGGGGUGGCCCGGACCCUCGGCCUCGACCUCUUCCUCCGCCGCCGCCGCCUGUGGGAGCGGCUACAGGCGGCCCCCGACCGCCGCCGUGGCCUCCUGGGACCCCUCCUGGAGGACUGACACCCCCCCAGGGGCGUAGAGCGGCUGCCCGGGCGACAGAGAGGCACCCUCCUGGAGGACCGUGGGACAUAGAGAAGAGAACUGGGGGGAGAGAGCAUCUCCUGGGUUUCAGCAGCUCCUGAGAUCGCAGAGGACCAUAGAGAUCCCAAGCGCCGCUCUGGUUCUUCUUCCCCCCCCAUCUUGUCUGCUCUGGACCACCGAACCAUGGAGUCACUGGAGGACUGCUGGCCAGAAAGGCCCCUGCCGCUGCACCAUGGAGCUGCUGGAGGACUCAAUGCCAGACAGAGCAGCUCUGGAGCCCUUCCUGAUGUGAGUACCACAGAGUUUUCAAAGGCGAGGGGCAACAGUGACACUCUGGCACCCAUUGCCUGAGCCUCGUCUGCUCUUGGCCUCCCAACAUGUAUUUUUCUAUAUAAAUUGAUA